AUGACUGAACAAUAGAACUUAAAUGAAGAUACUAAUAGGAAUCUGGGAUAAGCUACUGCUAAAGUUGUUCCGAGAGGUUCAAAGGAGAUCUCCAAUAUUUUUGGGGAUCGAAGGUCUUCAUAUAAUAUUGAAGGUUACGAUCGCGUUAUUGCAGAUGAAAUUACUGAUUAGCAACAUCAGGGAAUCCCUUUGAUAGAUAAGGCAGUAAUUGCAUUAGUUUUGAUAUUCACUCUACUGGUCUUCAUCAAUUUCUCAUUCACAUCCAACGAUGCUAAGGAGGAUCCCGACAUAGAUAAGACAUUAUUUGUGACUAAGAUAAUAGAACUGGUCAUACUAAUUCUAUUUGUUUUGGAAAUAUCCAUCAGAUGCUUUUAAAAUGGUUUUAUUACAUAUUUUUCAGAUUGUUGGUCCUUUUUUGAUGCAUUGAUAAUCGUUGCAUCCAUAGUCUUAAUAGUUUUGGAUCUGAAUCUACAGGGCGACGCAUUUACAACUAUCAGUAAAGUGUUGAGAGGUAUCUUCAGAUUCUUGAGAUUGUUUUUAGUAUUUCGAAAGUAUAAUCAAGUGAAAAAGAUCAAUAAUGCGGGCACAAGAUACACUGUAAGAUCACCGGUUGAAAAAGUGAUCGAAAUAAUGCGUGAUCUGGCAGAUCAAUUUGAAGAUUCAGACAUAAUCAAGUAGUUAAAUUGGGGAAUCACUCAUAUUUCCAAUAAUACUGUUUAUGAGCCAAUAAUAGAGGGGAGGAAAAGCGAAGCACUAGGUUGGUUGAAUCAGCCUCAAAAUUAAUAGUUGAUGGCGUCUUAGGAAUCAAAGAAAUCAAGUUCAAUAGAGAUUAUCUUCUCAAACGAUACAAAGUUGCCUGAAUAAUUAAGACAAGACUUCGCAUAGAACAUCCUCAAUUUGGAUUAUGAUUACUUCUCUUUAUUUGACAGAUAUGAUAGUGCCAUCUUAACUCAUCUGAUGUGCUAUUAUUUUGAGAAGGAACAUUUGUUUAGCACUCUAAAGAUAUCUCCAGAUUCUUUUAAGAAAUGUAUGGAUCAAUUGGGAUCGAACUAUCACAAAGAGAAUCUCUACCACAAUGUAAUUCAUGCUUUCGAUGUCACCCACACAGUCUAUUUCUUUAUUGAGAAAUGCAAUUUCAAAGAAAUUGGGAAAUUGACCAAAUUAGAUUAUUCAAUACUAUUGCUGUCUGCAGCUGCCCAUGAUGUCGAUCAUCCAGGAUUGAAUAACAUCUUUUUGAACAACACAAGACAUGAAUUGGCAAUGACUUACAAUGAUAAAUCCUCGCUUGAACAACAUCAUGCUGCUACUCUAUUCAAAUGUAUACGAGAAACUGAACUGUUUUCGAAUUUCUCAAUAUAGGAUUUCAAGUAUUUCAGAGAAAAGUCUAUAAGCAUGAUUUUGAGUACAGAUAAUGCAAUGCAUGGCAAAGAUUUCAAUAAGUUGAAGGCAAGAUUGGCCUCGAAUGACUUUGAUCCAGGAAGCAAAGAUAAAGGUAUCUGCUUUGAUACUCUGCUACAUGCAGCAGAUAUCAGCAACCCCUUCAAACCAAUGAAGAAUUAUGAGAAGUGGACUUUCAGAGUGCUGGGAGAGUUUUGGCAAUAGGGGGACAGGGAGAAGGAUAUGGGACUUCCAGUGACUAUGUUGUGUGAUAGAAGAACGACCAAUGUUGCAAAGAGCUAGAUCGGAUUUAUAGAUUUCAUGGUAUUACCUUACUAUAAUACUCUUCAAUAGAUUCUACCAGUGUUAGCUGAGUUUAUGGAAUAGAUUUCAGAAAACAAAAGGUAUUGGGCUGAACAAAUUGAACACUAUUAAACCCUUCUUAACACAUAAUGA